AUGGAAGAUACUGGAAAGGAAGAGAUUAAUCCUACCUCUGAGGAUGCAGUUGCAUCAGAAGACUCCUCCAAAAGGUCCAGUUUGAAUGAAGGGGCACAGCAGAUGGCUCGGGCGCAAAAGGCGAGAGCCAUUCGCAAAGCAUGUGCAGUGCGCGAUGUGGAAGCCUUAGCUGUGCACGCAACUUCAGAAGGCGGGUUACUCGAAGAUGACUUGAGACAGAUAGCAUGGCCUAUUUUGUUACGAUGCAACGAGCAAAGGCAAUUUGAUACGGUCCCAAAUACUGAAAAUUUACGACAUGCCGACGAAGAACAGGUAGAACUCGAUGUCAACCGAUCUUUCGUUUACUACCCCAAAGCUCCCGAGGAGGAAAUGAUGAAAAAGAAACAGCAGCUAUCCAACCUGAUUACUCAAGUGCUAAGGGAAUAUCCCAUGCUUUCUUAUUUCCAAGGAUAUCACGACAUAGUCCAAGUUCUUCUUUUGGUAUUGGGCGAGAAGCAAGCCGCGCCAGCGGUUGCACAGAUAUCACUUUUCCGCAUACGUGACUACAUGCUUCCAUCGCUGUCCCCAGCCGUGAAACAUCUCCAUCUCAUUCCUGCUAUCAUCGAGACAACAGACCCCGAGCUAAGACGACACCUUGGCAACAUUGAACCAUUUUUCGCCCUCGCAGCUACACUGACACUAUACGCCCAUGAUAUUCAAGAGUACAGCAAUAUUUCACGACUUUUCGACUUUCUUUUGGCUCGGGAACCUGUGGUUGCAAUCUAUCUCUUCGCAGCAAUGAUCCUGUCUAGGAAGAAAGAGCUGCUGGAAAUUCCAGCGAAUGAGCCCGAGAUGCUUCACUUUACACUUUCCAAGCUGCCAUGUCCACUUGAUCUGGACGGACACAUUCUGCAUGCGGCACGACUAUUUGAGGACCACCCGCCAGAAUCUUUGCCACUUGGAGCCUGGAAACAUAUUCCAUGGUGCAGCGUGCUCAAAACUUCACGAGACCCACAUGGCAAGUACAUUGCAGAAGACGCGAUAUACUUGUUUGAAAAGCAAUCCCAACAGAUUCGGAGCGAAGAGCGCAGGAAAAGAGCCGUGGAAUUCUUAUGGAGCCACCGUCGCUCCGUGGGCUCUGUGGCGUUGGCUAUCCUGGUCGGAGCUGCAUCUUUCUACAUCCGCAAGAGAGGGCUCGACACCUCGAUUUGGUCUUAUGUCGGCCGAAUUCAAAAGGCAAUCCGAAAGUGGAUUUAA